AUGCAAGACCAGCCAAAAGGAGUUGCCAAGCCAUCUACCAGCCAGCCAAUCCAGCUGAAAGACUAUGAGAUCUCGUACCAAACGUGCCUCGCGAUAUUCUUCGGCGUGCUUCUCGGAGUGAGCAUGAUCCCUCUGAAGGAAUACUACCUCGGCAGCUACGUCACUAAGCCAUUCGACGAAGUCCGCGACGAAAUAGCAGCGAGAAAACUCAACCAAAUGGGCGUCGUCAUGAGUGGGGUGCACUACUUCGACACGUUCGAGCGGUCUCUGCUCCCUCUGAUCGACUUGGAGACCAAGAAAGAGUUCUCCCGUUCUACCGCCGCCAACAUUUCACUCACGGAUUUCCUCGUCCGAGCCAACCUGCGUCGUGACGAUUUACUAGCAGGUCUUCCGGCAGAUUUAUUGGCGACUCCCGUAGAUCUCAUGGUCGAUGUAUUGGCGCCGCUGUGUGGACCUGUGACUAGUUCUGUGAAGGCCUGGGAGACGGAGGCCCAGCUCCUGUUCGGCAACUGGUUCCCCGUCAUUCAGCACGAAUUCUGCCGCGACUUCCACGACCGGUUCCCACUCGACCGCUAUUUCAACCACGCGGUCACAGCUCCGACGGACGCGAACCUGUCUGAAGUGGGGGAUGUCACUCUGGGCCUAAUCGCUGUAGUGAACAUGUCAGAAGUGUACUUGCGCCACUUCAACGACGCGCUGGUGGUGCGUAAGAUCAUGAAGAACGUACAGGAAGGGUACAUGGACUUGGUUCUUCCCGACUACACCAACGACGUGGCAGAAGCCAUCGUGGGUCGAUACAGCAAAGGCAUUUCAUUAGCUGACGUGAUCGCAUUGCUUCCAGGCUCGUACGAUAUCCACCACGUGGCGCUUGUCGAUGUGCUGGGCGUCAGCGCUCUUCUAUCGUACUAUCUGGAAACUCAGCAGCUCACGAUGGGGGUGAACGUCAAUGGAGAGGCUGCGAUUCUGGCUGAGGUGACGCAUACUGCCGCUACGUUCUUCACCUCCGACUUCCUCAUCAACACGAUUGGGAUGCACUUGGCGUCCACGAUGCACUUGGCUCCAUUCUGGAACUGCGCCAUCAAGCACACGACCAUGGACAAGGCCAUCACAGUCGAAGACGUAGACGCUGCAGCGAUCAAGCAGUGCGGACAAGAGUUGUCCCUCAUCGUCCCAACAUUCGCAGUGAACCUCAUGUUCCUCUUCCAGAAGGACGAACGAGACUACACCAAGCUGGACAACACCACAGUCUACACCUUAGGCCGUCGGCGUGAGACUACGGCGGGGUACGUGGCUUUAACUCUUCCGGAAACUCUGACGGAGUCGCCGCUACUUGCGAUCGACGGGACCGCGUGGACGAAGUCUCGCUCCAAUGACACUCAAUCUCAGCCGCUGACUACCCCCUACGGAUACCUCCACACGCCCGAUUGUCGUGGUACAGUGGACGAUGUAAUGAAGCAAAGCGGACGCAACGUUCAGAAGUACCAAGCGUAUAUGGGGGACGGCCUGGGUAAUUGUGCAUUCCGAGACUCCCAGGAGACUGAGCUCCAGACUCUUUGUCGGUUGUUUAUGACGACGAAUGAAGUUUUAUUCCGUGAUCUGAACGGCAACUUGAUCGAGCUGCCGUCGUGCGCGUCGUUGAUGUCCGCUGGGGCUUCUGAAGAGCAGCAGUUGGCCGAGCAGGAAAACUUGCGGCAGAUCGAGUGGUUCAUGAUCGAUACGACGCUCAUCAACCGGCGCAUUCGUAUCCAAGACAACACCAGUCGACAGAUCCGAACUUUCCUGCUCAUUCUCAACUUGAUCGGCGCCUCGUACUACGCGUUGGAGUACAUCUACAUCCUCAAGAGCGUCUGGAUCUUUAUCCGCAACAGCGUCUACCGCCCCGCGAAGGAAAUUCAGUCGCGUCUUGGGACUCUGGACUCGUUCAACAACGACGCCAUCUCGCUGGUUCGCAUCGGAUUGUUCGAGUUACUGCAAUGUGAUCCAGCGGACGGGGCGCUGGAACAUCCGGGUACUAUGGUGCUGCUCUACCUCGGCGCGAUUGGUGCUUUGAGCAACAUUUUCUCUCUCAGUUGCACUGCUCAACUGUCGACGGCUGAAGGAAGCAUCGUCAUCUACUGCACACCUGCGAUCCCAGUACGAAGCCUCACGCUCGUGUUCACCACACUCAGUAGCAGCUACUGGGUCAUUCGAGUGACGCUGCAGACGCGGUCGCUGGCCAUGCGUCUGGACCACGCCGCUCGAAACGAUUUCAUGCGCUUCUGGACGCUCAACGCUGCGGCCGUUCUGGUCAUUCACUUUUCCUGCAAAGUUGGGGCGGAUUUGCUGCUCCGAAACGCGGAGCUGCACUCGGAUCCGCACUUGUACGCGAUCUUCGGUGGCUUGGCGGUGGCGCUGAUCAUCUCGACGGGGUUUAUGCUGCUGCAUUUGGCCUCUACUGAUUCAAAGAAGUUGCUCGCUUUGGUGAGGAAGCCCUCGUCUAGAACUUUGUGGAGGGAAGUGUCUGCCAGGGAGUCGAGUGACCGAGCUUUCGUGGCCAAGUGGAGCACUCGAGGCCUCGACUCGGUGCUGUAUCACUGUGCAACCCCUCAAAUCGCCCGCCAACUGGAGCUGUUCGGUAAUCGCCAACAAGACGACACGGGGCUGACCAAAAAGCUGAAGAAGUUCAUGGUUGAUCAGCCGAGUGGCAUCAAGAUGCACCAGUUCGUCGCAGUCCAUUGUGCUGCCGGAUCUCACGCUCACUUGAAAACGGUCAAGUGGUACCUCGAGCAGAACGGAACUGGAGGGGUCAUGAGCGUGAACCCUGUACCGAAGGCGACGUCCCGAGUGGUAUGCGCCACGGAGGAGACUAUGAACACCGAACAGGAUAAACCAUAA